CUGUGUGAGAAAGUAAAGAAGGGGCGAAGAGAGAGAAGGGGGGGAGAGAGAGUGAUUCCAGGUCUCUCUCUGCUGCUCUCUCCACUUUGGGUACUAUACCCAAUCUGACUCAAUGGGGUUUUAGCACCAAGGGGUUAAAACUUUACAAUUAUAUUUAUUAACCCCCAUUCCCCGUCAGGUGUUUAGGUUUUAUUUAUGUAUUAACCCAAACGUCGGUAACUCAUUAGGAAAAGUCUCCAGGAGAAAGGUGAGGACGUCUCCAGAGGCGUGCCUUUUUGUCUGCAGCCUCACAGGAGCUUCAGUCCGGCUCCUUCUCCACGGCUGGCUUCUGUGAGAGGAUAACUUCCACCUUAUCCUGCGUCUACAGCUCAGCCAGGCCGGCAAACCUCUGCAGCGCAAUGGAUAUUCCAGUCUGUCCCUUCCGGAAGAAGCGGAGACCGUGGCGCAUGAGCUUCCCAUCCUUCGCCUUGCUGGCUGUGGCGCUCAGCCUGUGCCAAACCACCGUGGCUCGGGCAGAUCCAGUGGACGUGUUGCGGGCCCUGCAGGUCCCCUCCCUCCCUGAGGGGGUGAAGAAGGUUCCUGGCUUCUGCACAUCCCGCCGCUCCAGCAGCCCCGACCAUGCUUACCGCAUCUCGAAGAAGGCGCAGAUCUCUGCUCCCACCAAGCAACUGUUCUCAGGCCGUUUCCCAGAGAACUUCUCCAUCAUGACCCUGAUCAAGCCCCAGGCCGGCCUCCAGGCCUUCCUGCUCUCUAUCUACAGUGAGCAGGGGAUCCAGCAGCUGGGCAUCGAACUGGGACGCUCACCUGUUUUCCUGUAUGAGGACCAGCAUGGCAAACCAGCUCCUGAGGAUUACCCACUCUUCAAAGGCAUCAACCUGGCUGAUGGCAAGUGGCAUCGGAUUGCUUUCUCUGUUUCAAAGAAAAAUGUGACACUGCUGCUGGACUGCAAGAAGAAGAUGACCCGUCCUCUGCCCAGAGGCAACAAGGCUGAGGUGGACACCAAUGGCAUCACAGUGUUUGGAGCUCGUCUGCUUGAUGAGGAAGUUUUCCAGGGAGACAUCCAGCAGCUGUUAAUCGCCUCCAACCCUCAGGCUGCUUAUGACUUCUGUGAACACUACAGCCCUGACUGUGACUCCCCUCUGCCCAAGACCCAAGCUCAGGAUCCCAACACAUAUGAUGUAGAAUAUUCUGAGGCUGGCCACACCCCUACAGACGAUUAUUACUAUGAGGAGAUGGUUCCACAGCCAGACGGUGAGGUGUUUGGAGAGGAAGAAAUACCAGUUCAGCCUCAGGUAGAACCAGCCUUGGAAGGAGAGGAGCUGGAUGCCACCAAGGCAGGCGGUGUGGGAGAAGAAGUGUUCACGGAGGAUUAUGUGACCGGAGACUUGGGCAUGAGGGAAUAUGAUUAUUCCUAUAAGGACUACAAUGAGCCGGAACCAGAGACCGUGAAGGCUGAGGACCACAUGGGUCCAGCCCUGUCCGCUGUGACGGACGAGGGAGGCGCCGGCAUCAGAGGCCAGAAAGGAGAAAAGGGAGAACCAGCAGUCCUGGAGCCAGGUAUGCUGAUUGAAGGACCUCCAGGACCUGAAGGACCUGCUGGGCUUCCAGGACCUCCUGGUCCUUCUGGACCUCCUGGGUCAGCAGGUGACCCUGGUGAGAGGGGUGUUCCUGGUCGAGCUGGUCUGCCUGGAGCUGAUGGCGUUCCUGGACCUCCUGGAACCUCAGUCAUGCUGCCUUUCCGCUUCGGACAGAGUGGGGGCGAUAAGGGUCCUGUCGUUUCUGCAGAGGAAGCCCAAGCAAGAGCCAUCUUGUCCCAGGCCAGGAUGGCGCUAAAGGGACCUCCUGGACCAAUGGGAUUCACAGGUCGUCCAGGACCUCUGGGAAGUCCAGGAAGUCCAGGUUUGAAAGGAGAGGGAGGAGACCCCGGUCCUCAGGGUCCCAGGGGUCCUCAGGGCGUGAUGGGACCUCCAGGCAAAUCUGGAAGAAGAGGCCGGGCUGGUGCUGAUGGUGCCAGAGGGAUGCCAGGAGAGCCGGGAACCAAGGGGGAUCGUGGCUUUGAUGGUCUUCCUGGUUUGCCUGGUGAUAAAGGACACAGAGGUGACCCAGGUCCAAUGGGACUCCAAGGAUCCCCUGGAGAGGAUGGAGAGAGGGGAGACGAUGGAGAAGUUGGGCCCAGAGGUCUUCCAGGUGAACCCGGACCUCGUGGUUUGCUCGGACCUAAAGGUCCUCCUGGAGUUCCCGGACCUCCUGGCGUUAGAGGAAAUGAUGGACCCCAUGGCCCCAAAGGAAACCUGGGCCCCCAAGGAGAACCAGGACCUCCAGGUCAGCAGGGAACUCCAGGAACUCAGGGAUUGCCAGGACCUCAGGGGGCGCUUGGACCACCAGGAGAGAAGGGCCCCACUGGAAAACCAGGUCUGCCUGGGAUGCCAGGAGCUGAUGGUCCUCCUGGUCACCCAGGAAAGGAGGGGCCACCUGGCACCAAAGGAAAUCAGGGUCCAAACGGUCCUCAGGGAGCUAUCGGCUAUCCUGGCCCUCGGGGUGUAAAGGGAGCUCAAGGAAUCCGUGGUUUAAAGGGCCACAAAGGAGAAAAGGGAGAAGAUGGUUUCCCAGGAGUUAAAGGAGACUUUGGUGUUAAAGGAGAGAGGGGGGAGAUCGGACUGCCAGGACCCAGAGGAGAGGACGGUCCAGAGGGGCCAAAGGGACGUGUGGGGCCCCCUGGUGAGCUUGGACCACUUGGCCUGGCUGGAGAGAAGGGUAAACUUGGUGUUCCUGGACUUCCUGGAUAUCCUGGAAGACAAGGACCAAAGGGAUCUCUGGGAUUCCCUGGAUUUCCAGGGUCAAACGGAGAGAAGGGAACAAGGGGUGUUACUGGAAAACUGGGACCCAGAGGACAAAGAGGACCAACGGGCCCAAGAGGCCAGAGAGGACCGAGGGGAGCGACUGGGAAACCAGGAGCAAAGGGAACGUCUGGAAGCGAUGGCCCCCCAGGUCCUCCUGGAGAGAGGGGAUUGCCUGGACCUCAGGGAGCCAAUGGCUUCCCUGGACCCAAAGGACCUCCUGGACCCCCAGGAAAAGAUGGGCUGCCUGGACAUCCUGGACAGAGAGGAGAAGUUGGUUUCCAAGGUAAAGUGGGUCCACCUGGACCUCCUGGAGUCGUAGGACCUCAGGGUCCAUCAGGAGAAACUGGCCCCAUGGGUGAGCGAGGCCAUCCUGGCCAGCCGGGUCCACCUGGAGAGCAGGGUCUUCCUGGUCCAUCAGGAAAGGAGGGAACCAAGGGUGACCCCGGUCCUCCAGGAGGCCCUGGGAAGGACGGGCCCCCGGGUCUGAGAGGUUUCCCUGGAGAGAGAGGUCUUCCUGGAACCCCUGGCGGUGGAGGACUAAAGGGAAGCGAAGGCCCUCCUGGACCUCCUGGACCUGCUGGUUCUCCUGGUGAGAGGGGCCCAGCUGGGACUGCUGGAACUGUGGGACCUCCUGGCAGACCAGGUCCACAAGGACCUCCUGGACCAGCUGGAGAGAAAGGAGUUCCUGGAGAAAAAGGACCUAUUGGCCCAGCAGGUCGGGACGGAGUCCAAGGACCGGUGGGUCUGCCUGGACCUGCUGGAUCACCAGGAGUUCCAGGAGAGGAUGGUGAUAAGGGCGAAGUUGGAGAACAUGGUCAGAAAGGCGCCAAGGGAGGAAAGGGAGAACAUGGUCCCCCUGGUCCCCCCGGCCCCAUGGGUCCAGUGGGUCAGCCCGGCCCUGCUGGAGCAGAUGGAGAACUUGGACCGAGGGGCCAGCAGGGGCCUUUUGGAGCUAAAGGUGAUGAAGGAACUCGAGGGUUCCCAGGGGCCCCGGGACCAAUCGGACUGCAGGGACUGCCGGGCCCCCCUGGUGAGAAAGGAGAAACAGGCGACGUUGGCCCCAUGGGUCCACCGGGCCCUCCUGGACCCCGCGGUCCUGCUGGUCCCAGUGGAGCUGACGGUCCUCAAGGUCCUCCUGGUGGUAUAGGCAACCCUGGACCUCUUGGAGAAAAGGGAGAACCUGGUGAAGCUGGACCUCCUGGUGUUGGAGGAGAACCUGGAAAGAAGGGACCUCGUGGAGAGCGUGGAGAGAAGGGAGAGGCUGGACAACCUGGAACUCCUGGACCUGCAGGAGGAAGAGGACGACCUGGAGAUGAUGGACCCAAAGGAAACCCAGGUCCAGUUGGGUUCCCUGGCGAUCCUGGUCCCCCUGGUGAGGUCGGACCCAGAGGUCAAGAUGGGGCCAAGGGUGAGAGAGGAGAGGACGGUGAACAGGGCGAGUCGGGCUCCCCAGGACCUCCUGGUGAGAACGGACCACCCGGCCCCCCUGGGAAGAGGGGUCCCGCUGGAACGAGGGGCCCAGAAGGACGACAAGGAGAGAAAGGAACCAAAGGAGGCCCAGGAGCAGUUGGCGCUCCUGGAAAGACGGGCCCUGUUGGCCCCCAGGGUCAGCCAGGAAAACCAGGAACAGAGGGCCUCAGAGGUCUGCCAGGAUCAGUGGGUGAGCAAGGAGCUCCAGGAGCUGCAGGACAGAAAGGCCCCCCUGGACCUAUGGGACCUCCUGGUUUACCUGGUCUGCGUGGAGAACCUGGUGCAAAGGGAGAGAAGGGACACCAGGGUCUGAUUGGUCUGAUUGGGCCUCCAGGAGAGCAGGGAGAGAAAGGAGACAGAGGUCUGCCAGGACCACAGGGAUCCUCUGGACCCAAAGGAGAGCCUGGAAUGUCUGGAGGCGCCGGACCUCUGGGCCCUGCUGGUCCUCCUGGUCUUCCUGGACCCCAAGGUGUCAAAGGAGCAAAGGGAGCAACAGGAGGAUCUGGUCCAAAAGGAGAAAAGGGAGUACAGGGACCUCCUGGGCCUCCUGGUCCACCAGGCGAGGUCAUCCAGCCCAUCCCCAUCCAGAGGAGUCCAAAGUCCAAACGCUCCAUCGAUGCCAGCAAGAUGAUGCCAGAGUUCGACCCGGACAUGCUAGCAUCCGACACCGCCGGUACCGAGUUCAUGAUGGGCAGCGAGGGCAUGGAGGAGAUCUUUGGUUCUCUGGAUUCACUGCGGCAGGAGAUCGAAACCAUCCGGUUCCCUCUGGGCACCCAGGACAGCCCCGCUCGGACCUGCCAGGACCUGCACCUCAGCCAGCCGGACCUCCAGGACGGAGAAUACUGGAUAGAUCCCAACCAGGGCUGCUCCAGAGACUCCUUCAAGGUCUACUGUAACUUUACUAAAGGAGAGACGUGUCUGUACCCCAGGAAAGGCGUCGACUCGGUGAAGAUGAGCUCCUGGAGCGGAGAGACUCCCGGCUCGUGGUUCAGUCAGUUUUCUGCUGGCAGUAAGUUUUCCUACAUGGACUCUAACGGCGAGCCCGUGGGGGUGGUCCAGCUGGGCUUCCUGCGUCUCCUGAGCGUCCAGGCCCGUCAGAACCUCACAUACCACUGCCACCGCUCGGUGGCCUGGGCCGACCGGAGCGCCAAGAACAACCACAAGAGGGCGCUGCACUUCAGAGGAGCGAACGACGAGGAGCUGAGCUACGAGACCAACCCUUACAUCAAAGCGCUGGUGGACGGCUGCUCUUACCGUAAAGGCUUUGACAGGACGGUCCUGGAGAUCAACACGCCGCAGUUGGAGCAUCUCCCUCUGCUGGACAUCAAGGUUACAGACUUUGGGGAGAACAACCAGCAGUUUGGCUUUGAAGUUGGACCUGUCUGUUUCCAGGGCUGAACACACACUAAAACACACCAACAUACACUCUCACACACAUACACACCUGCACUUAAACACACACACAUGAUCAACAUCCAUGCCCAGUAAUUUGUAAAUUUACUUGUAAAUGAUAUUAAAAAACACAUAAACCCACACAGAUACACUCAUCCUCACACAUGUGCCUCGGGAAACGUUUUCCCAGCGACUAAUGGACUAAAAAAAAAACAAAUCAAACUUGUGAAGAGGAGAGAAACGCCUGGGAGCAUGACGGCAUGAGAGGAGGAGGAAACCAGGAGAGAACAUUCCUGGAAUCAAACAUUGUUUUUAGGAGCAGAAGAAGAAGAAAUCCUGAAGAUUGAACCGUCAGCAGGAAGCUCCCUCGUCUCCACCCCGCCCCAUCUCACUCCUCUGUCCUUCUUUCUCCUCCUCCCCCCUCCCCCACCUCUUGCUGAAAGAAGAGUCACAUCCAAACAUCUUUUUAUUUCCACGUUUAAUGUGCAGCAACAUGAUUAACAAACACCAUAAAACAGAAAGCCAUGAACCCGUCAAUCACAAGAGUCGCUCUGGUUCUCAGCUUUAGCGCCGGUCGGCUUUAAAUCCUUUUGAUUUUAUGUAAAAACUUGAAUUAAUGUGUUUUUUUCGAGAUGCUUAGUUUUACCUCAUGAACAGAAUCUGAUUCAGUCUAAAGAAGAGACAAAACUCAGACCAAAUGUAGCUGUUGCACAUCUAAUCUGGAUUAUUUCUGGGUGCUAACUUCUAGUUUUUUUACUCACAUGUUAAUCAUGUUGUUUGCAUCUCACCUCGUGUCGUUUGAGGUCAGAAGAAAGUAAAGAAUCGAUGGCAUCAGUUUUCUACCCAGAUAUAAACGUCCGCAUGAUCUGAUUCUUUAUCCUCCUCAUUCUGAGGUUUCAUCUUCCGCUUUCUGACAUCUGAUUCCCACUUCAAGUGUUCCUCAAGGUGCUUUUUAUAGUCAUUUGUUUCAUCUUUUGUUGCUGCAGACAUGAAGAUGAUGAUGUUGCCUUCCUCAGUAAUGUUUAAGCCAUUUUUAUAAGCUGUGCUAAACAUCAUUUUGUUGUUUAUGAAUGUUUCUGGCAUCUUUUAAAGAAAACAAUCCUUUAAAUCAUCGCAGUAAUUAUUCUGGGUACAUUUUAGGGCUGAAUUACUGAAUAAACUGUGUGGCAAGGUGCUAAUUACACAAAAAUCCUCCCAUUUUUAGUCUCUUUUCUAUUUCACAAAGCCUUUUAGGAGGGAAAUGUGCAUUACAGUACAUUUGUACAGAAAUAGCAAUAUUUUAUUGUAUUUAUUUAAACCAGUCAGGGUGCUUUAGAAUAAAAUUUGAGACGGACGUGUUUCAGUUGUAUUUAUUUGAAUGCGGCUCGACUGAAGCGUGACCCUGAACUCAGUCAGCCGGAGCUGCGGCGCUUCUGUCCGAACCCUGAACAAAGUUCCUGUCAAACCAAAGAAUCUGUGGCCGUGUCUCGUUGUUAGAUCCUCUGAUGUUUUUAUCAGCUGUACUGUGCCUUUAAAUGUUGCUUCCACUAUAUUGAUUAAACAGUGACUCCCAGAUCUGAA